CUUGUUAACAUCCGCGCUGUGAAAGGUAACACUCGAUCGCUUCAGACAUUGGACAACUUGAGUCAAAUGUUCAACAACCGAUUUUCAAAUAACUUGGCAGAUUUCCAGACUAAACUUCUUCCUGAUCAACGCGUUUUUACUUACGACAUCCCGGCCCUAUGGCAAGACUUUGUGGCAAAUCCUAUCAACUAUGGUUUCUCGGUGGUUGACCAGCCUUGUUAUGCUCAUAAUUCUGUAUGCGCGCAUCCCAAUGAAUACCUGUUUUGGGACACCCUCCAUCCUACGACAUAUGUACAUCACAAAUUGGCGGUCUUGCUUCGAAACGUCAUACGUGCAUAAUCUUGGAUUCAACUGGUGCUUCUCGGUUGUUCGCUAUCGCUCCACCAGGUCUUGCCCGCUGACUGCUUACUCAGAUUGGCAGGGUGAGCUACUAGGAGACUUGAUACUGUCAUACAAGUACUUUUUUUCCUCUGCCCUCACAUAUCUGUAUUCGCAACCACGCCAAUGUGUAUGCCACUCGCAUCAUAUAACAUUGCAGUUACUUAUGAAGUUAUAUUUCGAUAUUACAGUUACUUAUAUUUCGUACCAUAAUUGUGCCCACUGAGAUUCAGUCAGCCUUGUGCACUUGUACAAGAUUUCAUUUGUACUUUCCUUAUCUACCAUUAGAUGAUUAAUAAUCAACAUUCCUUUUUGCAUCUC